AACAAAAUCACGAUCAGUAUUAAUACCAUGGAACUGUGCGCAUUUGUGGUUCUUCCUGGAGCCAACCUGAGUAAAACACUGCAGCUACAAGCCAAAGACAACUUCAUAGACAUCGACCUCAUGGGGAUUGCAGAGAAAAACAGCGGUGAAGCAGCAGUGGUCUUCGUGACCUACAGCAACAUGGAGAGAGCACUGGGUCCUAACCUCUUCUCCACGGAGGGCGACACCGUCAAGACCAUGAUGUCCAGUGUGGUCUCCGCCUCCCUGCCCAUGACCCCUAACGCGGAGCUGACGGCACCGGUCAACUUCACACUGAAACAUACCUCUGUGUUUGUCAACAACAGUGAGCUCACCUGUGUGUACUGGAACAGAAGCGCAUGGGUCAUAGAUGGAUGUAGUGUGUCUGAGAGCAAUGCUACCCACACCGUGUGUACCUGCAGCCACCUGUCCACCUUCGCCCUCAUCAUGCAGACAGAACGACCCCGUGAAGACAACAGCUUCAUUAAGCUGCUGGGCACUGUUGGCAUCUCUGUGGGCCUUGUGUUUUUGGCCUUGACUCUGCUGACCUUUAUCUGCUGCCACUGGAACCCUAAAGUGAACAACACUGCACGCCUCAACCUGUGCCUCUGCCUCUUCCUGGCACACUUACUCUUCCAGCUGGUGCAGACCUUCCUCAGCCAAAUACGCCAGUGCCAGCUGGCAUGUGCAGUGGUCUCUGGGGUUCUGCACUACCUCUUCCUCGCCAGCUUUGUAUGGAUGAACCUUGAAGCUCUGCAGCUGUUCCUGCUGGUGCGAAACCUUCGAGAUGUCAAGGUCAUCAAGAAGGAAGGCCUACAUUGGGGUCUCCUGCUUUUUGUUGGCUAUGGAUUCCCCUGCCUGGUGGUCAUGGUGUCAGCUGCUGUGUUUCCUGAAGGCUACGGCAAUGAAGAAUGUUGGCUGAAAACAGAAAAGGGAUUCCGGUGGAGUUUUCUGGCACCCGCUGGCUACGUUUUAGCAUGCAACUCGAUCCUCUUUAUGGGCAUCAUUGGAUACCUGAGCGCUACAUUUGCUGACCUCCACAGUGACAUCUCUCAAAUGAGGGACACCAGAAUCAUGGUGCUCAAGGCAAUGCUACAGUUUUUCAUCCUUGGAUGCUCUUGGAUACUGGGUUUCUUGGCCAGUGACAGCAGAAUACUGGAGCUGCUAUUUCUGUUCUUCAGCUCCCAGCAGGGCACCUUCAUCUUCAUUGUCCACUGCGCUCUCAAUAAAGAGGUGCAGGUGCAGUACAGGAGGUGGCUUGAGAAAUUCUGCUUCUCCAAGGAAAUUCUGGACUACACUUCCACCUCCAUGAGCUCAACAGCAAGUGUCACUGUCAAGAACCCUUAAACAUGGUCUCUAAUGGUUGCACUGCAGUGGCAGAGAGGCAGUGUGCAAGAUGCUUGGACAGCCAAAUGUAAUGGGGGUCACACUGAAAAUGCCCCAUACACUAUUCUUGUGUUUUUCGGAUGUAAGAAUCCUAGACUCAAUCACUGAGCUCGUGGGCACAGGCCCAAGAACCAACCAGUGUGAGCUACAAAGUGACAGCUUGGACACAGGAAGUCACUUGUGCUUCAAAAGCCUUUUUACUGCAAUGCAAAUCAAUUAGUAUUUAGUACUAAUGUGUGCAAAAGUGUGCUUGAUUGCUGCAUGCACCUUCUACUGACAGGACAAAAAUGCAUGUACCUGA